AUGAAUGUGUUGGCGAAGAGCGAGCUAGACAGCAACGGGAAGCACCUCUUGGGUGAGCCCGUGAGAGCAUCAGUUGGUCCUGAUGGACAGAUGCUUGAUCAGUCUGCUACAACCAGCACCAUCAAAAGGAGUUCAAGGUUUCGAGGGGUUAGCAGUAGUUCACUGCAUAGGCACCGAUGGACUGGCCGUUUUGAAGCCCAUUUGUGGGAUAAGGGGUCAUGGAAUGCGACACAAAAGAAGAAAGGAAAGCAAGUUUAUCUUGGUGCCUAUAAUGAGGAGGAAGCAGCAGCAAGAGCAUAUGAUCUAGCGGCAAUAAAGUACUGGGGACCUACCACUUUCACAAAUUUCCCGAUACCUGACUAUGAGAAAGAGAUUCAAAUAAUGCAGAAUGUAACAAAAGAAGAGUAUCUAGCUUCAAUAAGAAGGAAGAGCAAUGGUUUCUCAAGAGGUGUCUCCAAGUAUCGAGGAGUUGCAAGGCAUCAUCAAAAUGGAAGAUGGGAAGCAAGGAUUGGAAGGGUUUUCGGAAACAAGUACCUCUAUCUUGGCACUUACAGCACCCAAGAGGAGGCUGCCCGUGCCUACGACAUUGCGGCAAUAGAAUAUCGCGGGAUUAAUGCUGUGACCAACUUCGACUUGAACACAUAUAUCAGAUGGCUAAGGCCAGGAGGGGGCAACGCUUUAAGUAGUUCCCAAGAGCAUCAUUCCAAUGGUGUACACCAAUUGGUGCAGCCUUCCACCAUCCUUCGGGAUGAUGAGGCUGAGCCACUCCUGCACCACAAUUACGUCAUGGACGGCAUGAACUCAGAAUGUAAGCAAGAAUUUACGUCCCACCAAAUGUUUGGCAGUGCCUCAUGCAACAAAUCCUCUCCUACCGCACUGAGCCUCUUACUAAGGUCCUCGAUGUUCAAGGAGCUUAUAGAGAAGAACUCAAAUGCAUGCAAUGAGACGGAUAGAAAUGAACCCGAGGAUGAGGGACGACAGCCGAUAUCUGGUGAUGAUUGUUGUGAGAUCUAUUACCAUGGAAUUGCAAAUGCACCAUCUAUUUGCUCUCCAAAUGAAAACAAGGCAAGGGUUGAGCAACAGGAGAGUGCUGCCAUCCAUGAACACAUAGAGCAGUCCUUUUGGAAUUGCCUGGAUUCAGUAGCUGACGACACAGCAACAGAUUGUCUGGACCAUCCUUGAAUACAAGGAAUGUCAUCAUGGUGGCCUUGGUGUCCGUACUUGAGACGACUACAAAGCAGAAGGCUUCAAAAAACCCUAGCUUGCCACUCUGGACCAACCUCCAAUUUGGAACACUAUAGAAAACCUUGACUGUCUGGAUGGCUCUUCUUAACCAGAUUAAUUUUAUUUGAUGACACCUUCAGCUACUUUUUUACUUGUCCCUCCAAAUAAAAGUAGUAUAGAUGAGCAUAAUGAGAAGAAUAUAGAUGAAAAGAGGAGGAAUGACAGUUCAAAAGCAAAAUAAUAUGUAUAA